GGUGCAGUGCAGCGUCCCCGCCCUGCGCCAGCAACCAGCGCCUCCCGUCCAGUGCCCACCGCGGGCGCCACGUCCCUGUCAGCGCUGGCAACCUGUCACCGCCGAGGACGUGACUCCGAGCUGCCUCCGCUCUCUCUAAGCCCUAUUCCUUUAAGAUGAUGUAAUAGUCAUUUCCCUGGAUGGUUUCUUGCCUGCACUGCUCACACAACAGCAUCGGAACUGCUCCUGGCACGGUGGGACCUCCUAGCUCCGGAGCUCGAGCCUCGCAGGCAUCUCCCCGCCGCCCGGGCUUCUUCUCGCUCCUACCUGGCGGGGAUAUGGGCGUCCCUUUGCCCUUGCGGGCAGGUGGGGUGGCUGCUGCGACCCUGGCUGGGCGCAUCUGUCUGUCUCUCUGCCUCUGGGCUCUCUGAACGCCUCAAAGUCCAGUUACCUCUUGCAACUCUCCCAGGUGUAAAGGAUCUGCUCUAAAGGUUUUGAUUUUGAUAUUUUUUUCUCUUCCUGCCGAAGGUUUGGUUGAAUAUUUUUUUUCCCUUUGCUUCACUUCUUCGACUCAGCCUCCUUCUCAUGGUUCAACUUUUUUAUUUUUGCGAUCCCUUUUAACUAGAGAUUUGGGAGUGAAUACGUACACACAUACAUACAUAUACACAAACGUACUUUUCAGAGCGCCUAAGUGCGGGAUCGUUUGUUUUCCGAGAGCACAUCUCUCUGGCACUUUUCUUUGAUACCUCUGUCCUUUACCUGUUUGGGAUUUGACAAGACCCAGCGUGGCUGUGGUUCCCGAUUGCUCUGCAAAAGAUUUUUUCUUCGCAAGAACUAAGUCUCCAGAACUCGCUAAGACAGACCUCUGAGUAACUGGGCACUUGGCCUUCUUGCCUACCCGGCCUAAUGGAAGAUGGGAAGUAGACAAGCUGAUUAUUACAUUCUCUGAAGUAGUAGCUCACUACCAGACAGCUUUGAACUUCCUGUCCAACAUUACUUCACCUGUGGACUCUCCUAAAAUUUGCUUUGUUGGGGGAAUAAAGAGCGAAAUCGGGGUAAGACGAGGUCAUUUUUUAACAAGUUAUCACCUCUUCCUUCCAGUACACCUGGAUGCAAAACCUAAGGCUGUGACUCCGACGUCGGAUUGUACCUUCAAGUCCAGGACGCUGCAUAAGAAAGGGACGAUGGCUCUGAGUGGGAACUGUAGUCGUUAUUAUCCUCGGGAUCAAGGGGCUGCAGUUCCCAACUCCUUCCCCGAAGUCAUAGAGCUGAAUGUUGGGGGCCAGGUUUACUUCACCCGCCAUUCCACACUAAUAAGCAUCCCCCAUUCCCUCUUGUGGAAAAUGUUUUCCCCCAAGAGAGACAACGCUAACGAUCUAGCCAAGGACUCCAAAGGAAGGUUUUUCAUUGACAGAGAUGGCUUCCUGUUCCGUUAUAUUCUGGACUAUCUCAGGGACAGGCAGGUGGUACUGCCUGAUCACUUUCCAGAAAGGGGAAGGCUGAAAAGAGAGGCUGAGUAUUUCCAGCUCCCUGACCUCGUCAAGCUCCUGGCCCCCGAGGAAGUCAAGCAAAGCCCGGAUGAAUUCUGUCACAGUGAUUUUGAGGAUGCCUCCCAAGGAAGCGACACAAGAAUCUGCCCCCCUUCUUCACUGCUCCCUCAUGACCGAAAGUGGGGUUUUAUUACUGUGGGCUACAGGGGAUCCUGUACCUUGGGCAGAGAGGGGCAAGCGGAUGCCAAGUUUCGGAGAGUACCCCGGAUUUUGGUUUGUGGAAGGAUCUCCUUGGCAAAGGAAGUCUUUGGAGAAACUUUGAAUGAAAGUAGAGACCCAGACCGAGCCCCAGAAAGAUACACCUCCAGAUUUUAUCUCAAGUUCAAACAUCUGGAAAGAGCUUUCGAUAUGUUGUCAGAGUGUGGAUUCCACAUGGUGGCCUGUAACUCCUCGGUGACAGCAUCUUUUGUCAACCAGUAUACCGAGGACAAGAUCUGGUCAAGCUAUACCGAAUACGUCUUCUACCGUGAGCCUUCCAGAUGGUCCUCUUCUCAUUGCGACUGCUGCUGCAAAAAUGGCAAAGGAGACAAAGGGGAGAGCGGGACCUCCUGCAAUGACCUCUCCACUUCCAGCUGUGACAGCCAGUCAGAGGCCAGCUCUCCCCAGGAGACGGUGAUCUGUGGUCCUGUAACGCGCCAGAGCAACAUCCAGACUCUGGACCGGCCCAUUAAGAAGGGCCCCGUGCAGCUGAUCCAACAGUCAGAGAUGAGGCGGAAAAGUGACCUGCUCAGGACUCUGACGUCAGGCUCCAGGGAGUCGAACAUAAGCAGCAAAAAGAAAGCUGCGAAAGAAAAGCUCUCCAUCGAAGAAGAGCUGGAGAAGUGCAUCCAGGAUUUCCUGAAGAUAAAAAUUCCAGAUCGCUUCCCCGAGAGAAAACAUCCUUGGCAGUCUGAACUUUUACGGAAGUAUCAUCUAUAGGGGAGGGCUGGGGAUAGUCACCAUUUUGAAAUAAACCUCCCCAAAGGAAGACAUAUGUUAAAGGAAAAAUGACAACUAAUGAAUGAUCCACAUUUGUUAGAACACAAUAGUCCAUUGAUGUGCUACUGCCUACUUUAACUAGCUCACCUUAACGUGUAAAUCCACAGGGUAGAUUUCUUUUCAGAUGUGGAACCAGAAGUGCGCUCCUGUGUUGUCCUUUGUCUUUUAUUAACUUGGUCCCAUGUGCUGAGAGUCUUACAUACAAUGAAAGCUGGCUACAUGUGAGUAGCUCACAGACUUUGGGAGUCAUCUAUCCCAAACCAUUUUUUUUUUCUCCCUCUCAUUUUCUGCCUCCUUCCUUUGGUCAAGGAUGGGGAAAGAGAUAUGAUCCAGUGGCAUAAGUCAAGGUUUUUCAUUUUUUCUUUCCUUUUGUUCAUGGGGUGAGGGGAGAAUGGCAGAUUUGUAUGAUUUUUCACUUAGAUCUCUAUGUGCCAGUUUCUAUUGACUCUGUAUGCAUGAGCACAUGUGCAACACAAGCACAAUAUAUGUCUGUACAUAUGCACAAUGGAUGCACAUGACCCAGGGGCUGGACAGCCAAGGACUGACACCCUGCUGCCAGCUGCCCCCACAAGAGCACUUCAGACAAAGGAACCUCUGCCUCUUUAUUAAAGCCCUCCUGGGCAGGUUUUCCAGCCUCCCUUGGCAACACCUUCUAAUGUUGAAUAGGCUCGAAUCAUCAACAAAUUCUCUUUCUUAUUUUGAAAUGAAUACCCCCAGGCUCCUUUGCACUGCUGUGCUCUUUCCCUACACUAGGAGACAGUGAGAUGAGCUAGUGGAACACUGUUUGUGUUUUAAGAAACUCGCAAAUAUUCUCAUCCAUAAACACAGCUUUGAGAUGCCCUGCACUCAGCCUUCUCCAUUCUUAUUUGAUGAUCACCAUUCUCUACCUGAAUCAGAGUUCUAAUUUGCCCACAUUUUCCUGAUGAGGCCUUUUGUACAAUUCAGGCAAGUUCUUUGCAUCCUUAUGAGUCGUGAAGCUAUGAAUAACACACAAUAAUUAAAGAUGCAUCCAGCCUUCAGUUUGCUUGCUUUAAAGGAUUUGUACCCCACAUGCUUCCUAAUUUCUCAUACGAACUUUAAACUACACCUGUACAUUGUUGCUUGCUUAUAGCCAGGCUUGGUUGCCUUUGGGAUUCUGGGGUUUGGCUGUGGCCAUACUAUGGUUUAGUUGUACCAUUUCUAAAAUGUCUGUAAUGACCCAAGUGGGUGGGGCUGGAACACAAAAGUUAUGAAUUUGACUUUUAAAGCUUUUUUAAAAAAUAUAUUCCUGACCUGUACAGAUAUAGUCCAAAAGAAAUUGUUAACAAUGUCUAUCCACAUGACUCUUGUCUUCUAUUAAUCUCUCAAUAGUUCUUUUGUUCACUUGUGCUAAAUGAAUGUCCAAAGACAACUUUAAAUUUUCAGCAUUCCUCAUACAUAUCAGUGGUAACUGGAAAAAAAAAUGAUUUGUCACUAUAA